AUGUGCAGAUGGAAGCCACCCGUCGCCGGACUCAGUCCUGACCUCGCUGCCAUUGGCACUGCCCACACCGGGCUUCCGCCCCUGCCCAGCGCUGCCUCCCUCCGCCUGGUGUGCCUCACCCUGCUGCUGGUGGCUGGCACGGCUCUGGGGGGCUGCCCACCUGGGGUAGGGCAUGAGCCCCUCCAAGUACUGGCGAGGGGCAUUAACUGCUCAUGGACACUGGAGCGGCACACACGCAGUUACAAUCACCUAGAGGGCGACGUCCGACUACGGCGUCUCUAUUCCGCCAACAAGUUCUUUCUCUGUAUCGACAAAACGGGCAAGGUGGACGGCACCAGACGGAAAAACUACGCUGAAAGUGAGUAAGCUGGCACUAUCUCCUCUUUCUAUCUCUCCUAUGUGACGGAGAAGGGGUGGGAUGCCCAUGACACUGUACUAUAUUUUAUGGUGGUGUGAACUCUCAUCUUGCUACUUUUAUAGUGGUUUAUAGGAGUUUCACUGGUUUGUAUCUGCCUGUCGCUUCUAUUUAUGUUGUGUUUGGAGCGGGAGGCGUUGCUAGGUAAACUGGGAAUACCCAGUGUGGAUUAAACCACCUCAUGGGAAACCCGGCACUGUGUUUACAGCAAGGCAGACUUUGUGCGUCAGUUGGUCAUGCAAACUGGGCUUGGGAAAAAAGCUUCAAUAUCACAGGGGAUUAACUUGUCGAAACUGUGUUGAAAGUCCUCUGGUUCAAGGGGAAGCAAUAUUCUAUUUCUCAAAGUUUUCUCACCGAUUUUGUUGAGUGCUUGUUAGGGGAAUUGUCAGGAUAAUUAGGAGCCUCUGUGAUAUAAACUGUUAAGUACAGAACCGGAAUCAGCCGCUAACAAAGAUCACGUGUGUGUGAAAACUUCAGACCAGAGAGCUGGCUUCACUUACACAUACAGCAGGUGCAUUGGGGUCGCCAGCGCUGUAUAAUUUACACUAGAUACUCAGAGAAUUUCUACAUACCCAUGCAAAGUGUAAAGUCUUCUUACACAUACAUAUCAAUCAAGGAUCUUCAAAAAAAUGCCUUGAACAGAUCAGAUCUUUCAACAGCUGUUAUUAUCUCAUCUCAGUAUGUUAAAUUUCCCCAGAUUAGAUUGCACUGUAUCUGAUGUUAGUCUAUAAGGUGAAUGCACCAAUUUGUAAGUCGCUCUGGAUAAGAGCGUCUGCUAAAUGACGUAAAUGUAAAUGUAAAUGUAAAUGUAGUAAUAGGGACACUUGAGAGGAGGGCAGUGCACUGGGCAUAGGUGUCACUCACUCCAUGAUCUCCAUCAAUGGUGUCUUUCAGACUGUUGACCAGGACAGACGUGUUGUCUCUGGUCAUGAACUGACCUCCCAGUGGCCACUGGACAGCCUUGAGAGGUUUAUGCCUUUGACGGUUAUAUUUAUGUAUUUAGUCGUUAAUGCCUUUUUACGCAAGUGGGUGAGUCAGGGUUUUUCCAUGCUACCGAGGUAACAGCAGGGACUGCCCAGUCAGUCUGCCACUGUGUACAGCCUUAUAACAGUCGGCUGACAUUUGUGAACCUGCCGGGGCUACUAGACUACUCAUCUGGCAGACAGUUUUAUACCUCACACACACACAACAUAAAUUCACAUUGACUUGAAUUAUCACAAUUCUAAAUUGUGCUGGUGUUUGUUUUCAUGUAGGUGGUUUAGAUGUCAGACAUAAUCAUAAAAUGUUACUCUCUCAGGCCAUGCUUAUGUUUGACACUUUAAAUUCAGAUUGGAGCAGGAGUGGAAAUAAGGAAUUGGCUUCGCAAUGGAAGUUAUUAAGAGGACUGCAGCUACAUGAAACUGUUUCAUGCAGGAAAGCAGCAAAAGUGAUGCAUCUGGAUUGGGAGAUGUGUGGCUUUCCAUGGUCUUGUCAGAAGUGCUUAGUCAGUUGUACAGAGUGGUUCCCCAUGAAAAUGUGCAGCCCCCAAAUGCAAUGCUCUCAUACUCUUUAACCACCAUCCUCUCAUUUCCUGCCCUGGAAAGAACGGUUCUCUAUGAACACUACAGCACAGUGAGGGUGUGUACCUGCCUGCACCCCUAAAGCUGCACCCUGCCAAACCAGUGGUCAUUCGGCCUUGAAAUUAGUGAAAUGGACCUUAUGGUCGUGAUGUGGUCAUACCUCACAAUGAGACGAUCUGGCCUGGUCUAUUCUCAGGUCCAGUUUGGGUUCUACGUUACCACAGGUCAUUGCACCUAGAGAAUUCCUUGAUAUUGAUACGGUCACUAUGCUAUAGAUUGGAGAAGGAUGACUGGGCGGAAGCUCUGCAUUUUUAAUGAGUUUCCAUUGACACAGAUACAAGACUGCAGCCGCAGUACGACUGUCUCGGUGAAAAGAGAGUACAUAUCUUUAAGUGGCUUGGCAGGCACAGUAGAUUUUUGUCUUGAGUUUACAAAAAUGUCUCAAGUGUCUAAUAAAACAUAAAGAAACAGCAAUUACUUUAUUAUCCAAACAUAGAUGUAAUGUAACCAAAUUCUAUGAACACAUCACACAUGAGCACAUCACACAUGAGCACAUCACACAUGAGCACACGCACACGCACACACACAAACAGACACACACACACACACACACACACACAUUCACACACACACAUUCACACCUCUCACCCGUAGCAGACCCCUUUCUCCUUCCCACAUGUUUUAAUGUUGCUGGUGUGAGUGGGGAAGCACAGCUCAGCAGGGCCCUGAAUGCUGUCCAGUGCGAGAAACCUCCUUGUUCUCUGUGUUGCGGUCUGUCAACACGGCUACGUUGCCCCGACAGCCCUGCUACGCCCUCGCCUCACUCAGUUUUUCCAGCCCCUGCUCCCAACCUCUCAGGUGUAA